AUGUACAAAUUCGCUGCCAUAUUGAAACUUAUUCAGAUCUUGACUAGAUUUUUGAGCAACUCAAAUUCACAAAGUCGAAGAACAACAGUAAGAGAUAUUUACUACCAAGAUGUGGAAAUAUUCAAUAAGAGUCAAACAGAAUGUAAACGAUUGCUUGAUUCUAUUGUCGAAAAUUCACUUGGUUGGUCUUUGGUGAAGGACUUGAAUAUAUACCCCUCUCAAAAAGGGUUGUUUUAUGAGUACAAUUAUUACAAUCCAAAGUUGAAAUUGGAAAACAACCACCCGAUCUUGAUACCCAUGGAAUUUGAAAAAUACCAGUUUUGUGGUGAUGGUAGUGGUGCUGAUGAUGGUGCUGAGGAUGGCGGUGAUUAUGGCGGUGAUGAUGAUGAAAAAAAAUCGGCUAAUAACACAAGUGGACAGGAGAAGAAGCAAUACAAUGAGGAAAAACAGUUGUGUGUUGCUAUUUUCGAAAAAGAUGCCGUUUUUGAAUCUUUUUGUAAACACCUUGCCAAUGGCAAAUUCAAAUUUUCAACGAGGUUGAUUAUAGUCACUGCAAAGGGCUAUGCGGAUUCUCUAACAUUGGCUUUCCUCAAGUGGAUACAAUCUAAACAUACGAAAUGCACUUUCAUAGGGUUCUUUGAUGCAGACGUUUAUGGAGUAAACAUCUACCAACAAUACAAAAAAGUCAUUGAGAGUUUGAAGUAUGCUGGAAUCUUCUUGCUCAACUCCAAGCCACAAAGUUGGUUAAAUACAACACUUCGAGAUAUCAAAGUCGCAGCAACAUUAGCUGACAAGGCUAUACAAUUAGAUGCAAGUUGCCAUAGAGAACUUACACGUCAAAUGUUUUUGCUCAAAAAGGGUGAGAUCAAUGUCAUCUCUGGUGAUGAUGGCAACUACAACACAUACUUGAUUUCCAAGAUUAAAACUCUUGCAGCCAACACGUAA